AGCCGCGGCCAACACUGGUAAUAGAGGAGCAGAGGGAAUGAGGCUGCUCAACCCCCCCAAUUCCUCGCUUUACUUUUCCUUUCCCUAAAAAUUUGUGACAGAAGUUAAAUGCAUGAGCUUAGAAAUGGUAGGAAAAAAGAUACAACGUGUAGAGACAGGGAUGCAUAACAGAAUUAGGACAUGCAUGUUUGUUUGCUUGUUUGUUUGGGAGUAAUAUAAUAAUAAUAAUAAUAAUAAUACAAAACAACAAUAACAAUAAUUAUUUGCGGUCUGUUUGGACUCAGCCCCGCGCUGGGGUCUGGACGCGAUGAGAGCAGGGGGCCACCUGCCACCCUGUGCAGAGCGUGCCGUGCCCGGGCGAACAUCCCUCAACUCCGGCCCACUCCUGCCCCCCCGGGAGGCUGCCUCCCCUGGCAUCGCCGGGCAGCAUGCCACCGGUUUCGCGCUUUGCCCAUCGCUUUGGAUGAAUAGCUUCCACCUGGGGGCUUCGAGAGAGAAGCAGGGUGAAAGAAGCCCAGGGCAGCACCGGGCAGGGCUGAGUCUCAGCGGGGCGUGCGGUGUCGCGGCCAAGAGCCCCUUCGCUUCCUGCACCGCUCGUCCCUCGAGCUGGUUUCACCUGCCUCCCUGGAGAACACCGAGGAGUGAAGUGCUUGCCAAAGCAGGCGAGCCUGAAAAUGUCACGACAGCAAAUGUGAAGGAAGUGCCAGCCACAGCACGCUCAGAGGCAACUGUGAGAACGGGCACCAGACCACCAGAUCUCCACAGGCAGCAGAAGUCACGACAAGCAGGUUCUUGUCUGACUUUCUCAAGACUUCCGAGUUAUUCAGUGUGUUGUGCCCAGAGUUAUCAGCUGAAGCGAAGUGGCAGAAGCUGGGCACGGCAGAGGGAAGAGCAAGCACGCCGAGGAUAUGGCUAUGUUGCUGUACACUUCAGCCCUGAGGUGUGGAGUUUUGGGGCACAGGUUUUCUGCAGUGUUUUCCAGCGAAGAAAAAGCCACUGGAUGGUGCUGUGGAGACAAUUUGCAGUCAUGGCAGAGACCUGCAAGGUAGGCUUCUGUGUGAGGCAUAAGAGAGGCUCACACAAAGAAUUAAAUUUACCCUUCCCUUUCUUUUAUUUCUUUUCUGACAUGCUAUAUAGAAUUCCAUGGUAAAUUCUAAGUCAACGAAUAACAGUCAGCUGCAAUCUUAUUACAAAACAUGGAUCCUAUUUUUUUCUCUGUGUGUGUAUAAACUUUUUAUUGAAGGAAACUGGUCAAGGCUUUAUGUCGGUUCAGUAUCUUUUUCUGGCACUGCACUCACAAUAAUAUAGCCAUAAAAUUGUUUGAUUUAUUCGGUGGUAGUAGAGCAUGUCAUCUCUCUGGGCAUUUUAUGCCGGUAUGUAUUUGUGCAGAGAGCUUUAUCCUUUUAUCACUUGAUGACUGACUCCAUGGGAUGGAGGGGAAACAGCUUUGCUCUGUCUGUGCCCUGCCUCUGGUCACAGCUGCCCUUGCUGUGGGCUGGGUGAUUGAGCUACGCAAGAAGAAUUUCCUUUCCAUCAGUGCUACGGUGGGACCACUGUGGGGGAUCACGAAAGCAGAGAUCUGUUACAGUCAGACCCCAAAACCUCUGUACUGCAAGAUAAUUCAACACUUGCUGCUUAGACCUUGCUUUAAUGGAUGCCUUCUAUGCAGGUUCUAAGAUCUCCAAUGAGAUCCACAUCAGCAGGUGUUAAACACUACAGGUCAAGUGCCUGUAUGAGAUACUCUCUUACAUAUUGCCACACUGCAGCUGAUGUAGACAAAAUGCUUGGGCAAAGUCUUUUCACAGAUGGGAUUCAUCUCGCCAUAGGAAUGCCAUUUUCCCCUCAGUCCAAACACAGGGCUUUGCCUUCUGUAAACGACUGCAGAGAAUCUCAUCCUCAUAGCCCACCGAGGCACAACUGGCCAUGGCCUUCAGGGAAAGGACAUGUAAGCAACAUUGCAGUUUGGAAGGAGGAAUUUACAAACAUUAUGUCCAUGAGUGUAUGAAACAAACUGAAUUGUAUCAUCUCAGCUGCAUCCUUGUAUUCAAGUUUGCUCAAUAAGCUAAUUUCUUUCAUUUUCUAAGUGUUACAAUCACUAUUGAUCAGAUAUCAGAGGGAGAGAGAAAAAUAUUGAAAUAGCUAUUUCAUUUCUUUGAAAAAUAUUGAAAUAGGUAUUUAAUUUCUUUGAAAUUGAUUGUUUGUUCAAGAUAAGUUCCUUAAUGUUUUCCUGUACUAGCUCCAGUUCCUUCCAGAUCACUCUUGAGUAUUUAGAUUUUGCACAUACUCCAUUGCAUUCUCUUAAAUUCACCAAAUCUCUGAAAAUUUAUGACUAUGAAUACAAUAAGUGGAAUGAUCAUGCAGAUAAACACGCAGAAGGAUGAUACAUUUUAUCAGAAGAGAGAUAAUGAGAAUGUGUUUCUAAUAGUCAUUCAACUUUACUCAUGAUGUUUCUCUAGAGGAGAGAAUAUUUGGAACAGCUGAUCAGAUAAUAUAAAGUAGAGCUUAAAAGUUAUUAGCAAUGCCACUGAAGUUAUACGUGUUUCUGGUGUAAAAAAAUUGUAAUAAAUAAGUGCAUUUAGUGAUAUUAGGAUAUUUUGUGCAAUGGAAUAGUGCAUAUUUUUGUAAACAAGCACAAAACUCUUGACAAUAUUUACUCAUAAAAUCUAACAAUGAUUUUGCCCAGUAGGACUUAAUGGAAAAGAACUUACAGACAUGGGAAAAUAUGAAUAUGAAAAUCCAAAAGCUUUAUCAAUAAUUGCUUUUUGGAUUUUGGUUGACAACAUAUUCAUUUUAAAAUACAAUCUAAUGCUGUCAUUUUCACUGAGAUUAUACAUUUUUCAGCACUGCUACCCAAUGACUUUGCCUAAAUACAAAAUGUAGUAUUUAGUGACUUUCUAGAAAUCCUUUUUUCCCCCACUCUCUUAGAUAAUUUUGUGGGUGGAAAUACUUCUCUGUGUAAUUGUAUUAUUUGUGCAAGUGACUGUCAAGAUUUUCCAGAAUUUUUAGGUUUAUUAUACAUGUUAAAAUUUAUGAAUAGUCUUUCAAAACUAAUGAGAUUGCUUGAAAAAAUCAGAUUUUCUAAUCACUGAGAUCCUGUGACUGUUAGACCAUUUUAUUCCAUGCAAUAAUUCUAUUUCUAUAGAGACCUUUCUCUCUACUAAAAUAUUUGUAUUUGUCAUCAUUUAAUUUUAAUGUCAAAUCACUUUAUAAUUUAAGGACCAUUUCAUCUGUCACUCCUAUGCUUUCUUACUUCACACAUGAAUAAAGAACAUUUUUCAUGCUUUGUCUCCUAAACAAUGGUUGCCAAAACAGUCAAUAUCAACAAUCUGAAAUGUUAAAUUUGAAAGUAAUUUUUAAAAAAUAAUUAUAAUGAUGCUCUAACAUCUUGUUUUAUCUGAAAAAAAUGUCGAGGUCUGAUGGCUCAUGAAAUUAAUAUAUUUAAUUCAGAGGAAGUAAAUCGUUGAAAAGUGUCCUGCUGCAUUAUUACUUGUAAUAAAUUACUGUUAGUGAAAGAAAUAACUUGUGUAGAGUAAAAGGGAAAACACAGCACCAUUAUCUUUAAAUAGACAGAAUUAGUAAGAAUAUAUGGUAGAUUAUUUUUGGCCAUUGGAGAAAUCCUACAGGAGGGGAAUUGUGUAGCAAUUCUUUUCAUGGAACACAGCCAUACAUCUCCCACUUAUUCUUCUCACUUUCUCUGCUCCAUGAGAAGACAGUGCUGGUGCCAGGUAGCAUGGAUUUUGAUUUGUGGUAUAGACAGGAAACAAGACCACACUGAUGAGAAAGUGUCCUUAACUAUUUUCCUGAUGUGGCAGGCAUCACUGGUUUCAUUACUGUUUUUCAGCCAUGAGCAAGGGCUGCUGGAGCCAGGAGGUGUGUGACAGCCCUGAGCAGCACAGAGAAAUGAUGCUUCAGGUUUUAGGGUUUAUAUUUUUCAGAUUCUGUGUUGCUUUGGUGUGUACUUCUGAGCUUCAUAUUAGGGGAUAGCAAGCUCUCUUCACAGAGCAGGUAGACAAAACAAUUCCUUAUCUAGCUGGGGACCAAGGACAAAUGAUCCAAAUUUCAGGCCCAAGAGCAUAAACAACAGCAGAAUGAAGAGAUAAAAACAAAAAGGAUGGGACUUCAGAAUUUGAAACUAUAAUUGGACAAUUAGUUCAAAUAUGCUGAUGGAUCACAACUUAUAAAUGUGAGAGACCUCAUGACUGGUUGUCCAUUUUGUGACCGUUUUGGGUUUAUUUUGAGUGUGGCCCUGGCUGGGUUCUUGUGUUGCCCAAGGUGUAUCCCUUGAGGCCUUCUAAUAAAUACCUGCUUUAUUCUUUAGCUCUAUCUAGCCUCUGUUCUAGGUCAGCCUUCACAAGGCAUCAGAUAAAUUCUUCAUUGUUAUCUGACCAAGUUAUACACUUCCAUUAAUAUAAGUCAGUUCAAGUAUUUCUUGUAUCUUCAUAAGGAUGGGGGUCUUGGGUAACAAAUGUCUCUUGUGUUGAUAUGCAGGCAGCCUGAGAUAUUCAAGAGGGUUCUCCUUUGCCUCUUUUUUAUCUCAUGUUAAGACUUUACAUCAGCUUAAUGGCACAGAUAGUUGUAGCUCUGCUCCCUUGAAGUAUGCUCAAACAUUGCCAGUCAUCAUCCAAGCACCAGGAAGCGACAGUCAAACAGCUGAAAGGGUCUGAAAUAAUUUCUGGAUCCCUCAGGAUUCCCAUAUGGCAGCACAUACCCACAGAGGCCAUGCCAGAUCAGAAGGGUAGGCUUCUCCAUCCAUAACCCCCAGCCUUGCUGGCAGCAGGUGCCUGUCACUUUGGGGACCCUGAGGGCAAGCAUGGGCACAGGGACCUGCUGCUUGAGUCCCUCCCUCCCUCCCUCCCUCCCUCCCUCCCUCUGCAGCAUUCCCAGACAGCUCUCAGCUCAGUGUGGGACUCCCACACAGACCACCAUCCAAGCUACACCCUCCUAACAACUACGGCAGAGGAAGUAUCCUCUACGUAUAGAAUUCAUCCAAAUUUCCCUCUAUUUCCAUCUUCUAAUUCUAAAAAAACCCCUCAUGCACUGUGGGCAGUGAAUGCCAUACUGUGUUGCUUUUCCACCAAAAGAUGCUAGAAAGAAACUAUUUUAGAAGCCAAAAAUGUUUUAUUAAUAACCUGGUUAGGAGCACUAAAUGAUGUGACAUGCCUGAACUUCCCUGUGUGUUUAAUUCUGGAUUUAAACAUUAUAUGGAGAACUAUUUUUUAAAGGAAUUACUUUUUUUCUUUGCAGUCUUAUCCUCUCUCACAAUUUAUCUGAAUUGUACUAAAAAUAUAAAAGCUGUUUAGAUGAAGAAAUUUUUCAGCAGAAGCAGAACCAGUAAUUCUGGAAGUCAAACUCAGCUGACCUUCCUAGGUGUGCUCCAAAAAUGCUCUUUAAUUUUCCUUUGUUUGACAUGUUGCUUUGAAGUAUUCUUUCAGUUAUAUUUCAGAAAUCUUUUUCAAAGCUAAUGAAGCUCACAUAAAGGUUUGGAGGAAGUUAGCUUAAUACAGAAUUACCUCGCAUAGGAAGUUAACCCUAUAUUGUCCAUGGAUUUUUAAAUUUUUUUAUUUCUUGGCAAAAAAUGGCCUCAGUUGCCAUCUGCUGCAUCUUGCCAGAUUCAUAUGAGAAAUAAAUCUUCUGUGAUAGCAGGACAUGAUUGGUGAUUUUCUGUCUAUUGCCUGUAAAAUCAUGUGGCUAAUAAAACAGAGAUCCAUCUCAGAAAAUGACAGAAGCUGAAGAAAAAACAGAUAGUCUUCCUUUCUGUGAUUAAUGACUCAACAUAAUAAUGAGACAGUGUUUCAGUUGCAGCCUUUUCUCUAAUGUCUUGGUGUCUCAUAUGAAAUAUUCCAGUUAAAAGCAAUAAAUGGAUAUGCUUUUUACCCCCCCUACUUUCUAUCUUUUUCUCAUUAAUCUUCAUUAGGGAACCUCCAACCCAUGAUUUAGAAAGACGACCCAGACACUAAAAAAUGUGUUUCCCAGACUAGUACCAAAUCUGCUUGAACACAUGGGUGACAUCAAAGUACUUGUAAUGGUCUUGCUCACAAAUAGCCUUGUCUUUAUAAUGGAGUUUGGUGAAAUUUCAUCUUAUGUCAAUAAAGACACACAGAGUGCAACCGCAUUUUAAAAUAGAGGACACAAUCACAGAAUCUGUGCAACUACUGUCAAACCUAAACUAUGGUAUUUGGGUUUUUUACUUGUUUGGGGUUUGGUUUAGUUCAGAGGUUUUGGAUUUUGGUUUUUUUCUUAUUUGUUAUCUUCCCAUUCCAUCUUCCAUAAAAAGCAUCAAAAAUAUUCAGAGGACUGUGCCACAGUACUAUUUUUUUAUGGCAAGAAGCAGAGGUGUAAAAUAAAUACCCAGGGGUGUGACAUGAAAUUAUGGGUGGGUGUUUGCAGACUAAUCUCCCAGACCAUGCUGUGACAGUGUCAGUGAGGGGGUGAGGGGGCCAGGAUAGGUGUCACCACACCUGCCCUGCCAUGCUGAGUUUUGCUGUGGGAGAAACAUACAGAAAAGAAACGCCAAUAUAAAAUAGCUUUAAUGCUAUAUGUCAAAUAUGUGGAGAGACCCCCAGGAGUGUAAUAAAGAGCUACAUUUUUUGACUGUGCAGAAAUAGCCACAGCUUCAGAGUUGCUCUGUAAAAGCUCCUAUGUCUUUUCCUUCUAUUGUUUUUAAAGCCAUAUAACCAUGGUGCAAAAUACACUAAAUUAAGAAAGUAAGGGAAUUGACAUCAAGCGUUCACACAGUUUAUGGCUUUUUUCCCAGACCCUUCUAGUUAGAUAUGAAACAAGCAGCACCAAAUACCACUGAGUGUUCAUUGACCCUCUCACUUGCACAUUUAAUUUUGUAUUCUUUGCAGGGAAGUGCCUAUUGUAAGAAAGCUAUUUUUAUGUUGAUCUAUUAUAGCAAUAUGAGAUGAAUAAAUGAAUUUUCUUUGUGUGAAUGAGCAUAGUUUGGCUAUAAUAACAAUGUUUAUGUGCUCUACAGUGUAUAUUUACUGAUACUCAUUUUCUUACAAUCAUUUGCUCUUGUUCUUCUUUGGACUUGAUUAGUGCUGAAAUUUCUUGAUUCAGAAUAUAUUUUAGUGCUCAUUUAUUGAAAUUCAGAACAAAUAUAUUGGUUGUUUAUUUCUUAAUAGAUUUUUUUUUCCUGGAGGGAUAAUUCUACUAGUCACUUGACAAAUAUGCUCAAAAAAAAAAAGUCAUGGAAAUGCCUUAUUUUCCUGAAAAUAGAUUUUAUAAGACUCUAGAGAGCCAACAGUAUACUUCAUUUAUUUCAUGUUGGAGUCAACAAUAUCCACUGCAAGAUAUUUGUAUAGAUCUAUUUUUGCAUAAGUAAUCUUUAUCCACAUGAAAAUAAUUACUAACAUUUUAAAGCACAUUUUGUUAUAUGAUUAGAUGUUUUUUUAUAUCCUACGUUGUGUAGCUUAAUAUUCUGAUUUUAUAAAUUUAAAAUCUUUGAUUUAUUUUUUAAUUAUUUUAAGAUUAAAGUAAUUCAGAUCUGACUUUGUGUGUCACGUGCAUGUGUUAUUAAGUGGUGAUUGUAAGUAUUUACACAGAAUUGUGUUAAAUUAUUUAUUAUUUAUAAAGCUACCUAUCAUAUUCAUUAUAGCUUUGUAAGAGAGGCCUAGGGCUGCCACAAAAGCCCUGUGCACUCCUGCAGACCCUCUGGACUCAUCAUCUGUGUAUUUGGGGAGUAAUGACAGCUUAAAAAUACCAAUGAAAGACAGGAGGAUAAAAUAAACUGGAAAAGCUGUGCAGCAGUCAGCAUGUCAGCAACUGGGUGAAAUUAGAGCCUUGCUGAGGGCAGUGAGGAGGCUGAUGCAAUAUCUCCUAACUACAAAUACUAUUAUUUGCUCUAUACAGAGGGAACUGAGGCCUUUGACUCAAAUGUGGUAGAGAGCAUAAUCCAGUAGCUCUUAAUAAUUUAUUUAGCUCAGCACAAAGAACAAACAUUAUGACAGAAA